AUGGCUACCCUCAAGUCCGGUGACGCGUUCCCCAGUGACGUCGUCUUCAAAUACAUCCCCUGGUCGGAAGAGAGCGGUGAUAUUAAGGCCUGCGGUAUCCCUAUUAACUACAAUGCCUCGAAGGAAUGGGCGGGCAAGAAGGUUGUCCUGUUCUCCGUUCCCGGUGCUUUCACCCCCACCUGCUCCGUGAACCACAUGCCCGGAUACAUUAAGAACCUGCCCCAGCUCCGCGCAAAGGGUGUGGAUAUCGUUGCCGUCGUGGCUUUCAACGACCCCUUCGUCAUGAGCGCCUGGGGCAAAGCCAACGAGGUUCGCAGAGAUGAGAUCCUUUUCCUCUCUGAUCCCGAUGCUCAGUUCUCUAAGAGCAUUGGCUGGGCUGAUGAGGCAUCCGGACGCACUAGUCGCUAUGCUAUUGUCAUUGACCACGGCAAGGUCAGCUAUGCGCAAAUCGAGACCGAGAGGGGCGCCGUCAAGAAAUCGGGUGCCGACGCUGUCCUGGCAUCUCUGUGA